ACAGGUGCAAGUGUAAUGGUCACUCGAGUGAGUGCAGGGCAGUGACAGGACAGAACUUGGAGGAGGAGCUAGUGUGUAUGUGCGAGCACAAGACAACCGGACCGGACUGCGAGCGCUGCUUGCCCUUCUAUAACGACCAGCCGUGGGGCAGGGCCACCGUGUCAGAUGCGCGCCAGUGCCAACCGUGCGACUGUAACGGACUCUCGGUGACCUGCUACUUUGACCCCGACCUUCACGCGAGGACGGGUCACGGAGGUCACUGCACCGACUGUCGGGAGAACACGUCCGGCCCGCACUGUGAGCUGUGCAGGGAGAACUUCUACCGACGUCCCGUCGAUGACAGAUGCUCUGACUGCCAGUGCAACCCAACGGGUUCGAGGACACUGCAGUGUGAUGAUGGCGGACGCUGUCAGUGCAAGCCGGGAGUGACAGGCGACAAAUGUGAUCGCUGUCAGCCUGGCUUCUAUGAGUUUGGAGAGGGUGGUUGCAGGUCAUGUGACUGCACUGAGGCUGGUAGCCUUGACAACAGCCCGACCUGUGACUCGCGCAACGGGCAGUGUUCGUGCAAGGAGCACGUCGAGGGACGCACGUGCGACCAGUGCAAGCCCGGUUACUUCAAUCUGGAAUCCGACAACAAGUUUGGCUGCAUCCCCUGCUUCUGCUACGGGCAUUCGUCGACUUGUCAGAGUUCCGACGACUACGUGGCCAGGAACAUUGGUGCUGACUUCAACAACGGUGCACAGAACUGGAAGGCGGUCGAUCAGGAGGGCAACAGGGUUGACAUACAGUGGAAUGCCAUCACACAGAACAUUGGCGUUAAUGCAGAGAAGAAUGAGAUGGUAUACUUCACUGCCCCGAGCCGCUUUCUCGGGGACAGACGCGCCAGCUACAACCAGAUACUUGAGUUUUCGCUGCACAUCGGGGAGGAGGGAGGCAGUCCCACACGCUACGAUGUGGUGCUGGUGGGAGGCGAUGGCCAGAAGGUGUCCGUACCUGUGUUCGCUCAGAGACAGCAGAUGCCGCGUACCGUGGGCCAGAAGUUCAAGUUCAAGCUGAGUGAACAUCCAGACUACCAGUGGUCUCCCUACAUGAACCCAAUCAGCUUCAUGCACCUGCUCUCCAACCUGACAGAGUUGAAAAUACGUGGUACCUACACUCCCGGCGGUGUCGGAUUUCUGGACGCCAUUAAGCUGGGUUCGGCGCGGCGUGGUUCGAGCGGAGACCCCGCGCGCUGGGUGGAGCAGUGCACGUGUACCGACAGCUACCUCGGGCAGAACUGCGAGGACUGUGCGCCCGGCUUCCGCCGCGACCCGCCCAACGGAGGUCCGCUCGACAGAUGCGUGCCCUGCCAGUGCAACAACCACUCGGAGACUUGCGACGUACAGACAGGUCGUUGCAUCUGCCAACACUACACAGAAGGAAACAACUGUGAACGAUGCGUAUCUGGUUACUAUGGUAACCCAUCAAUGGGAACACCAAACGACUGUCAGGUCUGUCCAUGCCCGAAUCAAGGACCUUGUAUUCAGGUGCAGGACAACCAGGUGGCGUGUUUGAACUGCCCAGCGGGUUACGGAGGGCUGCUGUGUGACGUGUGCACGGAUGGACACUACGGUGACCCUGAGGGCAAGUACGGUCUACCCUCAGACUGUAUGUCGUGCACCUGCAACGACAACAUCGACCCAAAUGCGAUCGGUAACUGCAACGGUACAACGGGAGAGUGUCUAAAGUGCAUCUACGACACGACGGGCAGAAUGUGCGAGCGCUGCUUGCCAGGAUUCUAUGGCAGUGCUCUCACCAACGACAAACCCGGAUGUCACGCAUGUAACUGCUACCCACCGGGAACUGAUGCUAAUGGUGAUGGUGAGGUCCAAUGCGACAUGGACAAUGGUCAGUGUCCUUGCAAGGAGAACGUCAGUGGACGCAAGUGUGGGGAAUGUGCUGUUGGAUACUGGAAUAUCGACAGGUAUUACGAUGCGGAAGAUCUGUUUGACCGUACGAAGCAGCUAGCGGAGGACGCGAGGGAGCAGGCGACGGAGGUCUACGACGAGGUGCUCGAGACACUCACCGACGCCAACUCUCUGCAGCUGCCCACCGUAGACUCGGACGCGUACAACACGCAGGCGACACAGAUCAGCGAGGAGGCGGAGCGGAUCUCGGACGAGGCGAUGUCGCUGAUGACGGAUAACGAGCAGCUGAUCGAAGACAUCAGCGGUCAGGAGGAGGAGGCGAGGCGGUUGCUGCGCGAGGGCGAGCGACAACAGAACAUCGCAGACGAGAUGCUUGCCGACGUCGACCGCGCCAAGGCCAAGGCCGAGGAGGCCGUUGCCAAGGGCGACGAGACUCUGACGGAGGCACGCGAGACGCUCAAGACACUGCAGGACUUCGACAAGCAGGUGCGUGAGAGCGAGGGCAAGGCGAAGGAGGCGAUGACGCAGGUGCCGGACAUCGAGCAGCUGAUAGGCGAUGCCGAGAACAAGACGCAGGCGGCGCAGAACCUGCUCGCCGACGCCGAACACGACGCGACCGAGGCGCGAGACAUCGCCCGCCAAGCGCAGACCAUCGCAGAGGGCGCCUCCGACGAUGCCGGGAAUAUCCGUGAGGAGGCGGGGACGACAAAGCAGCGUGCGGGAGAGCUCAAGGACGAAUCCACGACCCUGGCCGAUGAAGUGUCGACCUUGGACGACCUUCUCACUCAGUUGGAAAACCAGACUGGUACCAAUGAGCUUCUGGCAAAGCAGGCUCUUUCAAAGGCAGACCAAGCCAAAAAGAAGGCAACUGCCUCUUCUAUUAAGGUACAGACGGCCUUGGACACAGUUAAACAAAUUCUGGACACCCUGAACAAUCUGGAUAGUGUUGAUGAGGUCAGGCUGAAUGAGUUGGAAAGAGACCUGGAGGAGGCAGAGAAGCGACUGAAGGAUGCCAACCUGGAGGAGAGAGUGCAGGAGCUGCGUGUUGCAAACGAGCAGCAGAGUCAGUGGGUGAAAGACUACAGUGCGGAUCUGGAGCAACUACGGCGUGACGUUGACAAUAUUGAAGACAUCCGUGACGCGUUACCGGAUGGAUGCUUCCGCACAGAAGUACUCGAGCCUGUGGGAUAAUGGGCAGUGAAUUGUUAGAUAGUUAGUUAAUUACUAUUUAAUGCUUGUUUGUUACUGGGUAACUGAACCUGCUUCCUCUGCUGGGUGUCACUGCUGGCCGCUCCUGUCGUUCCGAUCGCAUACCUGAAGUGUCGUGGCUCUACCGUCUGUCGCGACUGCGACAAAAUCACCUGCAAUGCUGCCGCGAUGUUGUCACGGUGCGCUGCGUGUAGUAACGAUUUAACUGUUUGCGAAACUAGUGAGAUGAGCAGCGCAUGUGUGCAGUGGUCACAUGUGAGCUGUCCUCAAGUGACACGAUUCUGAGCCAGAAUUGCAGUAUUUUGUGACCAAAGAAGAAGAAGAAAAAGAAGCUGUCGGGGCACGCGAGCACAUGCUGCGCUUCUAUUGCAAGUCUUCCGUUUAGAGAGAGAGAAGUCCGUGAGUGCCUGUCUGUUCAGAGUAGGUAGAAUGUAUGUGCCCUAGUUAAGGAAGCAGGUAUCAGUUGUAUGUUUUCUACCACAACUGAGAUGACGCUUUAUCCGCUUUCGUUGCACCUAUACCUCAAGCUUGUCAUAGCAUGUAUAAUACACAAACUUUUGUAAAAAAUUGUAUUGACGCCGAAGUCACUGCCAUUAUCGUUUUGUAAGUUGAUAUCCUACCACCAGGUGGCACGAAUUUCUUGCCUAUAGUAUUGUUCGGUUGGUUGUUUCAUUUGGUGUGCUAGUAUUAAUAAAUUCUCAAGAUGCAGAACAGUGCUGACCUCUGUUGUGCAUAAGAUUAGGCAGUAACGCUGAAAUGUAAACGAAACACGCAGUAAAACUCUUAACUGGCGAAUUUUUACUAGAGGCCAACAAUUUGCAAUCAUGUAUGAAAUCAUUAUGUAAAAAUGUUGAUUUAAAUACCAGAAAAUUAUGAUGAAAUAAUGCAGAAUUUACGCUGCAUUUUGUAAGUAUAUUGAAGGUUAUUAGACGUAUUUUUUACUGAAUCAAAAUUGCCCAAGUCGCUUGAUGGUAGUUAUUAAUAUUAAAGUAGUCAUGUCAUAUGUUCAUAUAUCUGCAGUUGCAGUCGUGCUAUUUUAGAAAUUAGUAGUAUUUUAUGUUCAGAGAAUGAAUGAAUGUCUGUUGCUAACCUUGCAUAUAUAUGUAUUAUGAUACAGAUGCAAUGUUUUGUGGUGCUAUUACAAUCUCAAAUACUAUGCUGUUUCUUCACUUCUGCCACCAGGUGGCUGUUGGGUGCUUUCUGUGUAGGAUCCUGAAGUCAAUCCAGUACCACUACCACAACCAGUAAAUUGCUUCCCGUUCAGUACUCAUGUUACGUACUGAACGAUUUACAAGGGCAUUUCUCUAGGUUACCCUCAGGUACCACCUGGUGGCAAAAGCAAAUUGACGUAUAUUAAAGCAUUUAACAGUUUUGUAUUUAGUAUUGUUCACGUAGUUGAUACUGUUUCGUACAGUUCGAGGAAAUUAGUGUUGAUACCCUGUCUCAUACGGAUAGGUCUGUGAGAAGGUAGGUCAGGUGCCCGUGAGACCAAGUGAUCACGUAACUAUAUGCUACCCCUCACCAUUGAUGCCAGAAGCAAUCCAUUAUGGUCCCAAUGGAGAGAGAAGCGAUAUAUCGAGGUCGACUAUCUGUGCCUUCUCAGUAGAGUUUCUACAUCGUUUAAUACAUGACUUAAACGUUAUAGAAAUUCAACUGGUGUGGCUGGUAAUCACAAUUGAUAUAUGCACUGCAGUUGGGAACUGGUGUGCAUGUUCAAAAUGCAUUCAGCCCAAAAACGAAUAUCAUUAUGCGACCAGCGAGUUGAGAUCGAGAAAUAGACUGUCAGGUUUCCUCUUCCACGGUGCCUGAUGUACAGACUAACAUUGUGUCAGAGUGAUGCCGCCAUGGCAUGUGGGAUUGCCAUACUAAAGUGAAUCAGGCUUUUGUUUACUUGUGUGUGGUUUCCAGUGCUGGACAGUCUGCAUUACUGGUUGGGUCACUACUAUUGGACUGUACUAAGAGUGAUUUUUUGCGCACGUCUUUUUUUGAAAUGUAAAGUGUUCAUAAGUGCUUUAGAUCUAGGCUCAAUGUUAUUCAUUUCAGUAUAAACUGCCAACUUUGGCUUGAGGUCCACAAUCAAUUUAUAGAUGAUUUUAUGACAGCACUGCCUGCUGCUAAUUCUUGAGCAGUUUGCACUGUAUGUCAUAGUUAGAGCUUAGGAUCACAACCAAGAUGCAAAAAUAUGUGACCAUUUUUAUUUAGCAAGAUGCAAAAACACCCUAAAUUUGCUGCAUUGAUUGCCGAUUGAUUUUAAUCUGGUUUUAUUUUGAAAUAAGACCAAGUGAUUUCCUUUUAUUUCCGUGUAUUGCAAUUCUGGGCCCAUGUGGAUACAUUUUUACUUUUAAAUAGAACAAAGAGUUGCAUACACUGUAAUUACUGUUGCUUGCAAUAAACAUUCUGGUGUGCUCGCAUGCACCGAUUGUUUACCAGCCAACUAAUAACGAAAUGCUGUGACUGUUCUACCUUGCAACAUGCUCUGCGGUCUCUGACACUCUCCGAGAUUUCUAGACAUUGUUGACCGAUUAGUAAUCACCAUUAUUCAUUUAUAAAUUAAACUAUAUUAACUCAAAUAGUUCAUAUGUGAAUCCAACUGAUUGCCAUUUAAAAAUGUAAACACCGUUUUGCUGGUUUCCUUUGAUAUAUUUUCCACUAUUUUCGAUCAUCACAUAGCUGAGUUUUUGCGAGUAUGUCGAUUUUAGAGUUAUAUUGAUUAAAUGACUCGUUUGUGGUGUGAAUACGUCGCAACAAAGCUUUAGUUUCCCAGAACUAUUCUAUCAAUAUGUUUAAAAAGCUGGAAGGGGGUUUUGGAGUUGUAAAUGCAUGCCGAUGAUGCGUCUGGUUAGACGGCAAAGCAUCUGUUGUGCUGUGCGUCUCUCCUCUAGUCGCAUAGAGAGUGACCAGGUAGAUUCGUGUCUAUUUUGUAAUGCUGCAUUGUGGAAUAGUUUCAGCAUUAAAAUAUAUACAUUGUUAAUCAUAUUUAAGCAUGUCAAACGAAAUUGUUGACUUGUAAUCAUAAAAGUUUCAAAUAAAGGCAGAGUGCAAUGUAAAGACA